GAGCAGCCGCUCUCCUUCCUUCCUUCCUUCCUGCAUUCCUUCCACUCCGCCUCCCAUGCCCCGGGAGCAGGCGCGAGCGAGCGAGCCCCUGAGCGCGUGCAGAGUUCCGCGCGCCCGCCCCUCCCCCCCUUUCGCCACUUCUUCCGCGCCCCUGGAGAGGAUGUCCUCGCUGGCGGCUGGGGUUGGGGCGGCGUCGGAGGACGAGGAAGUGGCGGAGGUGCUGGGCGGCGGGGGCUGGCCGGUGGUGGCGCCGCAGGGCCGCGAGCUGCAGCUGGAGCCGGCGCGCCUGCGGAGGAACACCUGCUACAUCGUCCUGGCCGUCCUGCUCAACGAGGAGAGAGAAGUGCUGAUGAUGCAGGAGGCCAAGCGGGCGUGCCACGGGCGGUGGUACCUGCCGGCGGGGCGGAUGGAGCCCCGGGAGACCAUCGUGGAGGCCAUGCGGAGGGAGGUCCAAGAGGAGACGGGCUUGCAGUGCCAGCCCCUCACCCUGCUGGCCGUGGAGGAGAGGGGCCCCGCCUGGAUCCGCUUCGUCUUCCUCGCCCGACCUACCGGUGGCGCCUUGAAGACCCUUCAGGAAGCAGAUGCAGAAUCCCUGCAGGCCCAGUGGUGGAACAGGGAGACGCCCUCCCUGCCUCUGCGUUCCCGGGACAUCUUGCCCUUAAUAGAGCUGGCUCUGCGGUACCAAGCCAGCCCGGCCCACCCGCGAAUGCUGCCCGUGGAGCUGCCUUGCGCCUUCAUCUGCCAGCGCCUGCUGCUUGUCUGCGUUGGCAGCACUGGUGACUUGUGGGUGCUUCAGGGGACAAAGGGGGCUCCGUGCCUUCCUCUGGCCACAAGCGGCCUGGCUCCCUCACAGCUGGGCCACAGGCUCCUGGUGGCUAUCCGGCGCCUACUCCAGGACUCCCUGCCACACCCCCAGGUGCCUGUCCGCAUCCAAGGCCUGCUUGGAGUCCAGCAUCUUGGGAAGGAGCCCGGGCAGAGCGAUGGGAUCUGCUUCAACAUCAUGGCGGCUGUUGGCGACAAGGGACGGUGGCCGAAUGAAGCGCCCCCAGAGUUGCAGAGUGGAGCCUUCCUCUGGCGGAAGGUGGAGGAUGAGGCCCUGCGGAGCCGGAUCCUGCAGAGGCUUGAUGAGGCGUCCUUUGUCCCCAUUCACAGCUGAGGCCCCCCGUCGAGAUACGGGAUGGCCCCGGGUGUGUGCUUUGGCGACUUGGGCCAGGCGAAGAGGAUCCCUGGAGGAGCCUCAGCUGGGCCAAAAAUGCUAUUGAUCCUGAGCUGUUUGCUGGAACGAGGGACGUUGGGAGUCUGUAGUGCCACCGAGGGCACCUUGCAUUGGUGCCUUUGCAGGAAACGACACAACAGCUGAGGGCUUGAUGGCGCCUGAACUCUGGAACCAGCCAGGAGUAUUAACCUUUUUUUUUUGCUCCAGAGUGCCAGCUCACAGCUGUGAUUCUUCCACCUUUCCACACCAGGAGCAUGGCAAUACCUGUGCAUGCUCCCCCCCCCCCAUGCCCAGCUUCUGGGUUCUCCCCACAGCUGCAAGAAAAAGGACCUUGACAGGUGGAGCUUAGAGCUCUUGCCCCCCCCCCCCUUUAUCUCUGCC